AUGACCACAACUACCACUCAGAACGCCAUCGAAUUCAAGUUGAAGGUUAUCCACUCUCCAGAUAUGCCACCAUCGAAAAUCAAAGAUGACCCUUAUACAUGGGCUCAAGUUCGGAACAUUGUAGGUGCUAAUGAAUUAGAGAAAUUUGCAAGAUCUAGUGAACAAACCCGGAGUUACCACGCAUUUAAAAGACAACUCAAAUUAGAUGGAAAUACUGUUUACAAGCAUUUAUUGGUGAGUCAAUUAGAAUGGUACGAACCAGAAUACAAUAACAACAUUCCAGCCUCACAAAUUAAAGAUCUUGACGAUUCUGAAAUUGUUAUCAAAGCCAAAGGUAAGGAAUUAUUUGAGGAUGAAUCUGAUUUAAAAACUUUAUACAAUCAUUUCCCAUAUUAUUUUGAGUCAGAUGUGGUACAUCUUUGUGUGUGGUCCAAAAUCCCAAUUCCUGCAGACCCAGAGUCUGAAAUGGGGGAUAUCUCGCCUAAGACUCGUGCUUCCAUUCAAGAAUAUCUUGAUCAGAUUUUGGUUAAAGGAUUAGGUAUUUCCAAAGAAAAUUUCUGCUGGUUCAAGAAUUGGGAAGCCUUACAAUCUGUGAAGGCAAUUUCACAUAUACAUGUGUUAGUUAAAGGUAUUACAAAGGAGCAAUUAGAUUUAUUGCAUGUACAUUAA